ACUUAUCAGGGGACAAUGCCACCAGGACAGACGAGAGGACACUGCCACCAGGACACUCGUCAGGGGACGAUGCCACCACACAUGGGGGGACGCUGCCACCAUUCUCGUGGGGUGACGCCGCCACCGGGACCCACAGCAGGCGACGCUGCCACCGGGGCGCGGCCGGUGCCACCCCCGUCGGGGCCAUGUGACCCCGCGGGUGCCACCGCCCACGGCCCGACCCUUGCCCCGGGUGUCCCCACGGCGCUGCCAUGGCGGUGGCCGCGGCGAUGGGUCCCCUGGGCGCGGUGGCCCUGGGCACCCUGGGCACCCUGGCGCUGUCGCUGCUGCUGCGCUGGCUUUGGGACGCGGCGGUGGCCGUCGCCCGCUUCCGGGCCACUUGUCGCCAGCUGAACAGGUUCCCCCUCCCGCCUUGGCGCAACUGGCUGCUGGGACACACCGGCAUGGCCCAGAGCACGGAGCAGGGCCUGCAGGACACGGACGCGCUGGUGGCCCGGUACAGCCAGGGCUGCCUGUGGUGGGCACUGCCCUGGAUGCCCGUCCUGCGCCUCUUCCACCCCUCCACCCUCCGGCCCCUCCUCGGAGCCUCAGCCUUCGUUGCCCCCAAGGACGAGCUGUUCUACGGAUUCCUCAAGCCCUGGCUGGGUGAGUGGGGGUUGGGGAGGGGGCAGGGUGGGGGGGCUGCACCCCUGGGUGGUCCUGGAUUGAGUCACGGGUCUCCCAGGGACAGGGGCAGCACCCCUGGGUGGUCCUGGAUUGA